CUCUAUAUAAGCUCCUCCCUCUUAAACCCUCUCUCUCCUUCUCGCGUUUCUCCUUUCUUCGCGCUCUUUAGUAAGAUCCAGAAGCAAAACCCUAGCGAAGAAGGAGCUGAGAAGCCGUGAGAGCUACGCGUGUAAAUUCCUCCUCCUCUUCACAACCCGCGAUCCAUUCUCGGUUUGCUUGACAUAUUUGGUGAUGGCAUCUUCAGAGCAGCCAGCGCCCGCUCAGAGUCAUCCUGCAGCUCAUAUUGUUGGGAAUGCCUUUGUGGAGCAGUACUACCAUAUGCUGCAUGAAAGCCCUGAACUUGUGCACAAGUUUUACCAAGAUGUUAGUAAGCUGGGUCGCCCUGAAAAGGAUGGUAUAAUGGGCAUUACAACCACAAUGCAAGAUAUUAAUGAGAAAAUACUAUCGCUGGAUGAGUUCAUUGCAGAGAUCAUAUCCGUGGACGCACAAGAAUCUUAUGGUGGGGGAGUUCUUGUCCUUGUCACUGGGUUUAUGAUUGGAAAGGACUGCAAGAGGCAAAAAUUUUCACAAUGUUUCUUCCUUGCACCUCAAGAGAAAGGGUACUUUGUCUUGAAUGAUGUAUUCAGAUAUGUUAAUGACAAUGAAAACCAGCACUCCAUUGAUGACGUUGAAGCUCCUGCCACUCCUCCUGAUAAUGAUCCUUCUUUGAAGAAGAUUCAUGUUUCUGAGCAAAUAGUACUAUCAGCUGAGGAUGUCAGUGGAGAGGAGGUAUACAAUCCUGAAAAUGGGCAAGCAUCAUUUGAAGAAGAAGAAGAAGCUCCUGUACCUGAGGUGGUUGAUGAAAUUCCUGAUGAUUCACUAGUGGUCGCUGGUUCUACUUCUAUUAUUGAAGAAGUGCCUAAGAAGUCAUAUGCCUCUAUUGUCAUGAAGGAGAGGGCUGCACCUGCACCAUCUCCUGUGGCAACUACUCCUGUGAGAUCUGCCCCUAAGAGCCUGGAGCAACAUGUGGCUGCUGCACCUCCAGCACCUAUUGUGUCUGAAAUGAAUGGUUCUAGCACAGCUGUUGUUGAACCGGGAAACAGUCAAGAAACUGAAGCUGAGGGUUAUUCUAUUUUUGUAAAAAGUCUGCCAUCACAUGCUACGCCUUCUCUUCUGGAGAGCGAGUUCAAGAAGUUUGGUCCUAUUAAGCGUGAUGGUAUCCAAGUUAGAACCCAAAGGGGAUUUUGCUUUGGCUUUGUGGAGUUUGAAGUGGCUAGUGCUGUGCAAGGUGCACUUGAGGCUUCACCAGUUGUUAUCAGUGGGCGCAAAGUCUUUGUUGAGGAAAAGAGAUCAACUAAUCGAGGCAAGUAGUUAAUUUAUUUUAUUUUUUCAAGUUGAACUUGGUAUUAUUGGAGGUUAGAUUGCCAAUGCGCAGUUUAUAGACAUGCUUGACAUGUGAACAAGAUUGCUGUUUGGCUUGGGGCGAGGAUUAGACUAUUUGCAUUCUAUUACAUUUUGCUUCAGGAUUUCACCCUAUGUAAUUUUUGGUCAGAUCCAGGCCAAGGUU